AUCUUACAAAAAUGGGGAAUGGAGCCAGUAGUUGUUGCGCGGGAACCACCUCCGGAGACAUUUCCAAACGAUACGACGUCGUACCCGUUCAUGACAACUUAGGUCAUUCUUUCUGUUAUGUCCGACCAGUUACCAACCAAUCAGAUUCUUCUUUUCAGACAGAACCUUCUCUCCUCCGACACGACGACACCAUCCCUGGAGCCACCACUACUUUCCGGUCAAUCUCCGGCGCUUCCGUUAGCGCCAAUACUUCCACGGCGCUCUCUGCUUCUCCGUCAACAGACGCUUCGUUGUUAGCCUCAGGGUUCGAGAGCUCUAAUAGAUUCGCUUCCUUGCCGCUCAAGCCUGUCCCGCGUAGCCCGAUAAAGAAACCGGGUCACGAGUCGGGUCUGUUCGAGCGACGGUUUUUAUCCGGUCCGAAUGAAAGCGGUUUGGUUUCAGGUCCGGUUCGGAAGGACAAGAAGAAGAAGAAGAAAACAAAAAAGAUCAAAUCGUUUUCGAAACCUAAACCUAAUAAGAAACUUCUCACAUUCAAAACUAUCUUCACAAACCUAAUCUCUUCUCGUUGUAAGAAGAGUGUGAUUGAGCCAAUCGAUGGUUCGUAUUCCUCUAACGAAUCUUCAGAUUCCGAUGAGAUCAAGACAAGUAUGAGAAGACAAGAAAGUCCUCGAACUAAAGAACGAGAAGACUUUCAAGAAGAUUCGGAAGAAGAAGAGAAGAGUGAGUCUGUUUUAGAGGAUGAGCCAAAGAUACAAUGGGCGCAGGGGAAAGCAGGGGAAGAUAGAGUUCAUGUCAUCCUUUCUGAGGAAAAUGGUUGGCUUUUCGUCGGGAUUUACGACGGAUUUAGCGGUCCAGAUCCACCGGAUUAUCUUCUCAACAAUCUCUACACCGCCGUGCUUAAAGAGCUCAAAGGUUUGCUAUGGAACGACACGUUAGAAUCCGAGGAUCUUGGAUCAUAUAGCACGUCCCAGAUCAAGAAACAGAGUAUACUCGACCAAGAUUCUGAUUCUGGUAAAAGAAACUGCCAUGUAAUGAAAGAAGAAAUAGUUGCUUGUGACUCAAGAAACAUGGAAGUAAUGAAAGAAGACUCUGUUUCUUGUGAGUCAAGAAACAUAGCCGAUAAUAUGAAGAAGUUGCAAUGGAGAUGCGAGUGGAACAGCAAUUCUACGCACAAGGAAUCUGAUUUGGAGAUGAUUAACCAUAAAGACGUUUUGAGAGCUCUUCAACAAGCGUUGAAGAAAACAGAAGAAGCGUUUGAUCUGAAGGUAGAUGAGAAUCCAGAGCUAGCACUGAUGGGAUCUUGUGUUCUUGUGACGUUGAUGAAAGGAGAAGAUGUUUACGUGAUGAGUGUUGGAGAUAGCCGAGCGGUUUUGGCUAGAAGACCUGAUCUAAGGAGGCAGCGGAAGACUAAGAUGCAAAUCGAGCUUGAGAGAAUCAAAGAAGAGAGUCCAUUAGAGACAUUCUUGGUCCGAGAAAAAGGAUUGAAUCUUUUGGUUCCUGUUCAGCUUAAUAUGGAACAUAGCACGAACAAUAAAGAGGAAGUGAGAAGAAUCAAGAUGGAACAUCCUGAUGAUUCAUUGGCGAUAGAGAAAGAUAGAGUGAAAGGUUCUCUAAAAGUCACACGUGCUUUUGGCGCUGGAUUCCUUAAACAACCGAAAUGGAACGAGGCGCUUCUAGAGAUGUUCAGAAUCAACUACGUUGGAACAUCGCCAUACAUCAUGUGCGCCCCGUCGCUCUACCAUCACAGACUCACGUCACGUGACAAAUUCCUCAUACUCUCCUCCGAUGGAUUGUACGAAUACUUUUCCAACGACGAAGCCAUAUUUGAGGUAGACUCUUUCAUCUCAGCCUUCCCUGAAGGUGAUCCUGCUCAGCAUCUUAUCCAAGAAGUCCUCCUUAGAGCUGCCAAAAAAUAUGGUAUGGACUUCCAUGAGUUGCUGGAGAUACCGCAAGGAGAUCGUCGCAAGUAUCAUGACGAUGUUUCAGUGAUUGUGAUUUCACUAGAAGGAAGAAUUUGGAGAUCUUCCAUGUGAAUAUAAUUUAAACAUCUUCUUCUAACAAAACAAAAAGUUGCUAAAAGAUCUUUUGAAUAGACUCACUGAACUUUUUUUCUUUCUCUAGUGAGUUUUUGUUAUCUAUUUAUUUCUCGCGUAUUUGAAUAUGCUGUAUUGUCUAUUGUCU